AUUUAAAAAAUAAAACAAAGGGGAAAGCUUUGCCGAUUGCCCUUUGCCUCCUAAAAGUCUUCUAAAUCUGAUAACCCUGAAAAAUCUUCUCUUUUUCUUUUUUUGUUUUUUGGUGCGUCAAUGGCGGCCUCGUCGUCCUCAGCCACGUCGUACUCUUCCUCGGAUUCCUUGUCUGACACGUCAUCCUCACACGCCAAAAGACGUCGUCAUCGCUCUAACCGCCGCGACAGAGACAGAGAUUCUCUCAAGAUCCGAAAGAAGAGUCGUUCGCUCGGUAAACGACGACGGAAGAAGCAUCGCCGUCAUUCUUCCGAUUCUUACUCUUCUUCCGAUUCUGAUUCCUCCAGCAGGAGUAACAGUUCUUUGGAUAGCGACAAUGAGUCCAGUCAUUCAAAGAGGCACAAGAAAAGUGGAAGGCAAAAGAAGUCAAAGGAAAAGGAACGGAGCAAGAGUUAUCGACAUAGACUUCAGAAGAACAAACUUAAAGAGAAGCAGCAGGAUGAACGAAGUAGCAGUCCUGUGCAGCUUUCUAAGUUUCUUGGGCGUGACAAGGAUGAUGGUACCCGUCGCAGUGCGGUCUCUGGCAAAAAGAUUCUCUUGAAACUCGACAAGUCAAAGGAAGAUAAAGCGGCUGAGAGUAAAAGAAAUGAGUUGUUGAAGUUCUUAAAUGCUAGUUUCGAUUGACUUGGUGGAGCCCAAAUUUCAAACUGCAUCAUGAAUGUAAGAUCAGCGGAACUAUUAUUUUGGAGAACAUGUUAUCAUGUUAUCAUGCUUCGAAGUCACACUGAAAGGUUGAAUUUUCCUCGGUCCUGAGGGAAUGUAUGCUUGAAGCCUUGUGAUAAAAACGGUCAAUUCAUCAGAUUUUGGUGUGUUGUAUUUUAUGGGUUUGAUGUUUUCUUUCAUAUUUGAGAUGUUUAUUUGAUGGUUGAUCAUAGGUUAUAGUUUUUGUCAGUCUUGAAAAAACAAGAUUCAAUUGUCUGGUCUCUUUCUUUUAUAUUUGAUGGUUGAUUAUAGGUUAUAGUUUUUUUUCAGUGUAGAAUUUUAAUCGGAACCCAGUAGUUUUUGUGGUCGAGAAAUGAUUGUAUGAAAUUAAGGAUAUUAUUUUUUUUAAUAGUUUUAUGUUACAUUAGCAAUUUCAUUCUCAA